AUGAAGCUCAAGCAGAAUGCUGCUCCUAAUGCAAGCAGGAUCAGUGAGCUUGAGGACGCGAUGAAUGAACGCGCGCAUGAGUUGGCAAGGCAAAUGCAUGAAAAAGAACGUACGUACCUCGAUCCCGAACCAGAAGGAGUCCCACUUGAUCUCCUUCCACUAAAUGAAGACGAAGCGUUCAGCAAGAUGGAGCGUGACCUACGCGAAUCAAAUAGUGAACAUGGUAAGAAUAACAUAAUGAUCUCUGCGCUUGAAGGUGAGCUAAACGAUCGGGCGCUCGAGCUUGCAAAGGAACUAAAGGAUACUGAACGUGAAAUGUUCCUUGAUCCACAACCUGGAGGUGUACCACUCAGCGAGCUUCCGCUCGAUACAGACGAACCCUUCCAUACAAUGGAGAUUGAGCGUCUGCGACUCCGCAAGGAUGAUCCGAUAGGAAAUGUAGAUAGUAUCAAGCAAUUAGAAGACCAGAUGAACGAGCGUGUGGAGGAGUUGGCCAGGGAUCAGUUGCAGGAAGACCUUCGCGGUCUCGUGCCUAACCCAAGGGGUGUUCCAUUGGAACUACUGCGACCCCACGCUGACAGCAAGUUUGCGUCGCACUUACCCGAGUUGCGGCGUCUCAAGAAAGACCCAAAGCGCAACGCCGACGCC